AUGUGUGUUUUUUUGAAGGAGAGAGUAUUUUAUCCAAUUAAAUAUGGGGCGGACCCAACUGGGGAGCGAGACAGCAGUGAUGCCAUAUUGAAAGCUUUAAGCUACGCAUUUCAAGUGCAAAAUGAGCUUGAGUUGUUGCCAGGCAUCAAUGACUUGGCUGGUGUUGUGAUUGAUUUGCAGGGUGGAAACUACAAAAUCAGCAAACCCAUUAGGUUUCCAGCUGGUGGAGGCAAUAUCCUGGUACACGCGGGAACUUUGCGGGCAUCUGACGAUUUUCCAAGUGAUCGUUACCUCGUUGAACUGUGGUCACCAAGUUCUACGGUUGUUCCCAAACCUUCCAAUAUCCAUCCCGACGGGGGAGAGAAAAAAAAUGUUGGGAUAUACUACGAGGACGUCACCUUUCGGGACAUCCUGUUCGAUUCAAGCUAUCGCGGAGGGGGAAUGUUCAUCAUUGAUUCAGCAAGAACUCGCAUACAUAAUUGCUUCUUUAUCCACUUCACAACCGAAGGAAUUCUAGUCCAAAAGGGCCACGAGACCUUCAUAUCAAGUUGUUUCCUAGGACAACAUGUAACAAUUGGUGGUGAUCCAAAAGAAAAAAACUAUACCGGAACUGCCAUUGAUCUUGCAAGUAAUGAUAAUGCAAUCACAGAUGUUGCCAUUUUCUCAGCUGCUAUUGGAGUAUUAUUAAGGGGUCAAGCUAACAUUCUUACAGGGGUACACUGCUACAACAAGGCAACUGGGUUCGGUGGCGUAGGGAUUUUAGUGAAACCACAAGGAUCCUUGACUAGGAUGGAUAAUUGUUACUUAGAUUGGACAGCUAUAGUCAUUGAAGAUCCUGUUCAAAUUCAUGUGACUAAUGGUUUCUUCUUGGGAGAUGCUAACGUAGUGUUAAAAGCAGCCAAGGGUAAAAUGUCCGGGGUAACCAUUGUGGAUAAUAUGUUCAAAUCGGAUGCAAAUUCUAUGAAUCCUAUUGUUCAAUUAGAUGGGAAUUUUGCUAGCAUUGAUCAAGUGGUGAUCGAUAACAACAAUGCCGUCGGUAUGACCGUGAAAUCAACGGCCGGGAAGUUAACAGUGCCUGGAAAUGGGACAAAAUGGGUGGCAGACUUUUCAUCCAUAUUAGUAUUCCCAGAUCGGAUUAAUCAUUUCCAGUACUCUUUCAAUUUUCAAGGGGUUCCUGUGGCAUUCCCAGCACACGGAGUGACCAGUUUAUCAAACAAUGUGGUGGUUGUCCAGAGUGACAGAAGUGUUAAUGGAGUAGUUUCUGUUGCUGUUGAUCAGUAUAAUAGGAAGGGAGAGUAG